AUGCCCCCUCAGUCAGGAGCCAGUGCAGGAAAGUCAGAAGUUGAGCCAGGGUUCAUCCGGCUUUUCACCUGGGAGGAGGUGGGGCUCCGCACAGGCAAUGGAAACCUCAAGGAAGAAAGAUGGCUGGUCAUCGACCGAAAGGUUUAUGAUGUCAGCCAGUUCUAUCUGCAGCAUCCAGGAGGGCCUCGUAUCAUCAAACACUAUUCUGGACAAGAUGCCACGGAUGCCUUUGCAGCUUUCCACAAAGAUGAGGAUCUAGUAAAGAAAUAUUUGAAUUCACUUCUAAUUGGAGAACUUGCACCAGAUCAACCGAGCUGUGAGCCCACCAAAAAUGAAAUGCUGGUACAUGAUUUUCAUGAACUGCGUGCAACAGUGAAGAAGAUGGGGCUCUUGAAGACAAGAUAUACCUUUUUUGCUUUCAUGUUUCUGCAUGCUUUCAUAUUAGACAUUGCAUCUUGGUUUACAAUCUGGUAUUUUGGAAAAUCCUGGAUGCCUUUCCUUAUUGGAGUAACGCUGUUCACCAUUGCACAGAUCCAGUAUGGAUUUUUCCAGCACGAUCUUGGUCAUGUUUCAGUCUUUCAAAAGCCUAAGUGGAACAGAGUAGCUCACUUCGUGGUGAUUAGCAUUCUUAAGGGAGGACCAGUGAGCCAAUGGAACCACAUGCAUAACCAGCAUCACGCCAAACCCAACUGCUUCCGGAAGGACCCUGAUCUUAACAUGCACCCAUUCCUUUUCAGUCUGGGGAAGAAACUCUCUGUGGAGCUCGGAAAGAAGAAAAUGAAGUACAUGCCUUACCAGCACCAACACAAAUACUUCACCCUCUUAGCCCCAUUGACGUUUACGAUUGCUGUCCAAUUGAUUAUAUUCCGCUAUUUAUUUCAAAGGAAAAAAUGGUUGGAGCUGUUUUUCACUCUUUUCUAUGACCUCCGUGUCUGCCUCAUGUAUGUUCCUUUAAUGGGAUUUAAGAGCUUCAUGGCUUACUACUGGUUAGCCAGGUUAUUAGAAAGCACAUGGUUUCUCUGGGUCUCACAGAUGAACCACAUUCCAAUGAACAUUGACUAUGAUCAGAAUUUAGAUUGGUUCUCUGCCCAGCUCUCAGCAACAUGUAAUGUGGAGCAAUCUCUAUUCAAUGACUGGUACACUGGGCACUUGAAUUUCCAGAUUGAACAUCACCUCUUUCCAACCAUGCCUCGACAUAAUUAUUGGAAGGUGGCUCCCCUGGUGAAAUCCCUAUGUGCCAAGCAUAACAUUAAGUAUCAGUGCAAGCCACUACUCACUGCCUUUCUGGAUAUAUUGCACAGCCUGAAGGAAUCGGGGAAGCACUGGCAGAAUGCUUACCACCAGAGAUAA